UGUCCAUUUUCCUAUCUCACAUGGAUCCUCGCUCGAAGGUUCUGCUGCUGCUGUUUUUAGGCUCAUCUUGUCUAUGCUGUGUGGCCUCUGUUUCCGGGGCAGAGCAGCUGAGCAAUGAAACAGUGAUCCUGUUUGGGCCUAAGGUGGUGAUCUGGAGCGAAGAUACCAAAUCGGUACUGGAGGCUGGCGGAGGAGGCAAUGGCAGGACGACUGUGCAUAUACAAAACAGGCUUGGGGGAGGAAAGAACUUGAGCUUGCACUGCAAAUCCAAGGACGAUGACCUACAGCAGCAGACUUUGGCAGAGGGGCAGGAGUUCGUGUGGGGCUUCAAUCCAAAUGUUUGGGGGACGACCCUCUUCUUCUGCAACCUCAUGAAUCCCACUCUUAAUUUUGUGUUCGACGCCUAUGACUACAAGAGGGACGAAAUACGAUGCUCCAGUCAGUGCAUCUGGCUUGUCGCGGCCGAGGGUAUGUAUGCUCACGACGAGGCUGCUAAUCUUUGGACCUAUAUGUAUCCAUGGUCAUCUUCUUGAUUAAUUGUUCUUUUUUUAUCAUUGUCAAAGUCCUAUAUGUAUCCAUGGUCAUCUUCUUGAUUAAUUGUUCUUUUCAUCAUCAUUGUCAUCCUCAAAGGAUUGUUCGUUAAUUUUCA